UGUGGGCGGGUUUAUCUAACAGUGGCGGAAGCGAGCCAGGGCUCUGGGGCUCCGCGAGCAGGAUGGCGCCGCAACUUGGCCCGCAUGAGCUGCUGCACGUCUUUUCCUUCCUGGAGGCCCGCGACCUGCUGUGCGCGGCGCAGGUGAACAAGGUCUGGAAUGAGGUUUCAGUGACCCAGGAACUGUGGAGGCAGCUGUGUCUGAGACGCUGGGCCUCCUGCAAAGCCUUCCCAGUGGUCGUGGGCACCCAGACGUGGAGGCAGUACUACUUCUGCCGGUCUGAGCUGGAGUUCCGUGUGGCAUCUGGGCGGCCACGGGACUUCACCAGCAAAGCUAUUUCUGGGCACACAGGAAAGAUAGAUCAGCUGGCCUACAUCUCACCCCAUGAGUACCGCUUUGAUGAGAGGGCAAGGUCCGUGGUUUGCACUGUGUCUUCAGACUGUACCGUGCGUGCCUGGGAUCUUCGUGAGGGCAUAGAGAUCUGGUCCAGCCCUGUACAGCCUGCUCCUCUGGUGAGUUUGGUGGCCUAUCCUUCGCUGCAGCUGGUUGUCACACUGGACAGACAGGGUUUGAUCACCGGGUGGAAAGCAGAGACCGGAUCUGAGUGGGCCUCGUUCCGCCUACCAACCUUCUGUUCUUCCAUGGAGGCCUGUGGUCACCCAGAGGGCCCCUUCCUGAUGGUAGCCUGUGCUGAAGGGAACCUCUACACUCUGACAGUUCCUCAGCUGCAAGUGGUCUCCAAAGUGGCGACAUUUCCUCACACCUCCGUGAGCCUCACGUGCUCACCUGACAAACAGUGGGUGUUUGUGCUGGCACAAGGACCAGACAUAGGCCCGAAGGUGUUCUACACUCAGUCCUUGCUCCACCCAUCAGAAGACGAGCUUCCUGUCUCCACCACCCUCCCUGUCAGGCUGAGUUGCAGGGCCUGCUGGGCUCCGGAUGAGGAAGCCAGGCUGAUAGUGAUGCACAGAGAUGACAGUGGCAUGCAUUUGGUCAUCACUACCUUCAGUCUAAAGGCCAGCAAGUCCAGGGACAGAGUGAGCAUCCUGGGCCCACGGCUCCCAAGUGAUCCUGCUGGCCACCCGGUCAGAGCUGAUGCUGUUCACCAUAGAUGGCGUGCAUCUGAUAGCCUUCCAGGACCACCAGAGGCCCAUCACAUCCAUAUGGGUGGAUCCGCACCGAGUCAUCACCUCGUCCUUGGACCUGUCUUUGCGUGUCUAUGUGUGGAAUAAGAAGAACACAUUUCCCGUCCUCAAGAGCUGUUAUCAUUUGCUUGGGGGAUCUCUCAGAUGGGCCAGGUAAUUGGCUGUCCUCCUGCCCUGUAUCUGUAAAGUGUAAAGCAAUUGGUUUUCUUUCUUUUGGAACGAGUCUUGUCAUGUUGCCCAGGCUAGCCUUGAACUUCCAGAAUCCAGUGACCCUCCCACCUCAUUCUGCUAAAUAGUUGAGACCAGAUGUGCACAUCACAUCUGCUCAAAGGAAGGAUCCUAAAGGAAAGGUUGAAGAGAGUGUGAGUAAGUCCAUCCUCAGAUGAGCCACUGUGAACACCCUGCUUCUGUUUCUGCUGGCGGACAAAAAGCCACAAGGCAGACUUCCAGCUCUUACUGUGUGCUGUAUGUUGUCUCCUGUGCUGUGUAAAACCAGCCUGUGUUGGCAUCGCCCACACUUUGCAAAUUUAGGUUCUCUGUGCAUGGUCCACAAAGAACAUGUGGCCAGACCAUGAUUUAGGCCUUGAAAAGGCCUUGUGAGAAACAGUCGGUCCUGGGAGCUCUUAUGGGCACACGCCUUUGACCACCUCUGGGUUUCUGGUAGAGAUGGGCUUAGUAUAACAAUGGCAUGUCUGGGCCACCACACGAGAAUCACUGUGAUGCCCAGCACUGCCAGGCGGGACCUGACACGGCCUUCCCUUCUGAGCCUAGAGGAAAUGGGAUACCGGUGAGCCACAGAGGGUUGCAAAAAUGAGGUCGGACUCCAUCCCCAUAUAAAACCUUUUCUGCUUAAACGUUUGCCUUUAUCCCAAGGUUAACUCAUGGCCUGUCCUUCUUCGUUGUAGUGGGUUUACCCAUGUGAAAAGUGACAGCAUGAGCAUUGCUGGGGUGGAAGCCAGAAGCAACGGAACAAGUAUCCUGAGGUCGUACUGCUACAAGGUCCAGCUUAGCUAGACCCCACCAGUUGAAGAUGCUCUUGCUUUGUGUGCAAACUCCUUACCAAAGAUGCUGUCAGCUUUGGGGAACAGACUGGUAAGGUGACGAUUGUAUGAUCGCAACGAGCCCAUGAAGUAUUUUCUCCUGUCUUGUGUUUCAUUGUCUUGCUCAGAGGAACAAAGGAGGGUAAGCAGCCAUCUUCAGCCGGGCUUGCAGGUGCCUGAGGGUUCUGGUCCCAGACGGCGUGGACUGUGGCAGUGCCAAAGAACCUGCUUGCUGACCGGGUCAGGACUGCAGCGGCGUUGUUCUUGUUCACCGAAAUAUAAUUAAAAGAGUUUUACCUGCC